AUGAUUGUUUCUAAAGAUCUCGUUUUCUCUAAUGCUUGUGAUGAUUUAAUUUUAUUCUUGUAUUGGAACUUUGGUGAAUUCAGUGUUAAGUUUAUUAUGCGUGUUGUACAAACUGAUAUUUCUUUGUCAAAUGGUUCUAUAACUGAUGAUUUGAAAAAUUAUUGUGAAUUAGAAUUGAUUGAGCCAAAUUAUUUUAUGAUUCAUAAAUUCAAAAGGCUUCUAUUUAAUAAUUCUUUAGUGUCAUUUAAUAAAAAUAAGGAAAAUACUUCUUUAAUAUAUUGUUUUUCUAUAUCAUGUGUAUAUGACUUAGAAAUGUCAUUUUAUCUUUUUUUUAUGAGACAUUGUAAGCUUUUAUCAAUGAUUUUAACAAGAUAUAAGUUAGAGAAUUUCUGA